AUGGCUAUUCAAUCGCAAUCGACAGUGUCACUACCGACACUGGUCACGCAAUCGACGCAAAGCCUGCUGAACCGGCGGGUCACGAAUGAGGACUCUCUUUACCAUAUAUGUCUAACAGUAAAGAAACGGCUCGAGCAGCUUCCGCAGAUAAAACCGUAUUUGAAUCUUGCACAUGCUAGCAGUGAACUACUGAGCGAGAAACAAGCACUUCUGCUGUCUCAGCAGCAACAAUUGAGCAAUCAAAGGCAUUCCAACGCUGGAUCCGGUGUGGGAAAUCUUUCAAGUUCCAACGGCACAAAACCUCUGGGCGAUAGACGUAUCAGUGCGAUUUCCAAUGGAAGCUACUCUGAUGACUUGGAUAUGUCGAAUUUGACUAUUGAAGAAACGGUCGUAACGUUUAGUAUGGGUAUUUUGCCUAUAACGAUGGACUGCGAUCCAGUGACCCAGCUGGCACAUCUUUUCCAGCAAGGCUCACCAUUGUGCAUAAUAUUCAAUGCAGUCAAACCACAAUUCAAACUCCCCGUGGUGUCAUCGGACGAUCAGAAGAUUUGCAAAAAAUCGAUUUACGAUUUCAUUUUGGCUUGCAAGAAGUACUUCACAUUCAGUGAUGAAGAGCUAUUCACCAUUUCCGACGUAUUUUCUAAUACUACAGAUCACUUUAUCAAGGUCCUAGACGUGGUGGAGACAUUGAUAAACUCAGCUCCUCAGGUAUUUCCUCAUGUGCCUUUUGAGGAGCUACGAUGGUCCAAUACAGAUCAAGGAAAGAUAGUUCGCGAGUUUGUCGAGACCGAGCGAAAAUAUGUCUUCGAUAUGGAAAUUUUAAACCAAUAUCGAAAUCAACUUUUGCAUAGAGGCAUCAUCAGCUCUGAAGAACUGAAAAUGCUCUUCCCAAACAUCAAAGAUAUUAUAGACUUCCAAAGAAGGUUCCUCAUAUCUCUCGAAAUAAACGGACAGGUCGAAGCAAACAAGCAACGAAUUGGAGCCUUGUUUAUGCACUCGAAGCACUUUUUCAAGCUUUAUGAACCGUGGUCUAUUGGACAAAAUGCUGCCAUAGACUUUAUUUCUUCGAGCUUCGACAAAAUGCAAGGGUCGGAUUUCGUUAUUGCCAAUAAGCUAGAACUUCAGUCCUUUCUCCUGAAGCCAGUGCAAAGACUCUGCAAGUACCCUUUGUUGCUCAGAGAGCUUCUACAUCAGUCUACGUCGAGCGCCAACUCUAAAGAACUAGAGUUAGCCUGGGAUAUUUCAAAGAGCAUUGCACGUAGCAUCAAUGAAAAUCAAAGGAGGACCGAAAAUCACGAAGUUGUCAAAAAAUUGUAUGAUCGAGUUGUAAACUGGAAAGGAUACCGCAUUGCCAAAUUUGGCGAGCUGUUAUAUUUUGAUAAAGUCUCCAUUUCGACUGGAAAUACAAACGAAUCUGAACACGACUUUGAAAUCUAUCUUUUCGAGAAGAUUAUCAUUUUAUUCAGCGAGAUGGUUCAAAAAAAGGUCAACAGCAUAUCGCUCAAGAAGAAAUCCAGCACCACCUCGUCAUCUACACUACAUCUUUCAACUAGUGGCAGUAGUAAUGCCAAUUCUCCUGGAGGACCAAACGACUCGAAACUAGACCUUAGAGGUCGCAUCAUGAUUGUGAACUUAAACAAAGUGAAUCCAAUGGAAGCCCGCGCUCUCAAUAUCAUAUGGGAAUCCCCCAAAGAGCAUGGGAAUUUUAUCCUAAAGUUUAAAAAUGAGGAGACCAGAGAUAACUGGCAUAACUGUCUCCAGACUCUUUUGCGACAAGUACGAAGCGAGUCCUUGAAAAGCAAUGGUAGCAAUAGUGAUCGUUCAUCAUAUUCGUCCACGACCUACUAUCCGCAUAACAGUAUGAGUUCGUUGACCAGCAACCAAAAUAGAAGAAUCUCAGAUGUACUGCCGAGACAUCAAACUCAUCAGUCUUUCGAAAACGAAUAUCGAUCCAUAUCGGAAAGCUAUAGGUCAUCAAUACCCGAGACAACGCUACUGGUCAGAAUCGCAUUUCAGAAUGAUUUUUACACUGUUUUGGUUGAGAUUAAUUCAGGCGUUGACAACCUGUUGAACAUCAUCAAAAGGAAAUUGACACAUGCAGGCAGCAUUUCCAAAAUAAAGUACCAAGAUGAGGACGGCGAUUUUGUUAUGCUAGAAAGCGAAGAUGAUUGGAACGUCGUCAGAGAUAUGUUAAGGGAAAGCAGUGAGCGCAUUCUUAAUGUUUGGGCAUUCGCUUAG